AUGAAAUGGUAUAUACAAGGGUUGGUGUUUGGAUACCUCAGUGCCCCCCAAAGAACUGGGAGGCUAGGUCGUGGUCUGGAGAGGGAGACGGCCAUCAGGAGCACUCCAUCAACUGGGUUUCUUGCGGCUCACUCGAUCGAGCUUGCUCUUGGACUCGAUCGAGUUGUGCCUCGAGUUGCACUCUUCUUCCUAAAACCUGCUCCUGUGCAAGACUUAGCCAAGAAAAAUCAUAAAAAUAAAAGGAAAGCCGGGGUUGGAUCUUCUAGAGGAGUGAUGAUCUCCUCUGUGGGGGUCAUUCCUAGAUAUGGCUUGCAUCUAUGUCCAUUUCACUGUGAAUUCCUUCCCCUCUUGAUUGAGCAAAGUGAGGGACCCAUAGGGUAG